AAAUAAUUUAUAUUUUUGUUUUUAAACAAAAACAAAAAAAACUCAAAAUUUACAGGAACAGACUUUUCGGCUUAGUUUUCAUUUUCACUUUCGAAAUAAUGUCAAAAAAUGAUUCUAUUCGAAUUUUGGUGGUUGGAGACUCGGAAGUGGGAAAAACAUCAUUGGUAUUAUCACUAGUUAACGAAGAAUUUACUGAAGAUAUGCCAUGUAGUGCACCUGAAAUAAUUAUUCCAGCAUGUGGAAUCCGAAAAAUAGGUCCCACGCAUAUUUUUGACUAUUCCAGUGACACGAUGAGUGGGGAUGAACUUUAUUCAGAGAUUAAGGAAGCUCAAGUUAUUUGUAUUGUGUAUGCAAUGAAUGCAUCGGACUCUGUAUCAAGAAUACAGAACUGGUUGAAUUUAUUACGAAGUGCCGUGGAAACAGAAGAAACAUAUAAGCCGAUCAUUUUAGCGGGCAACAAAGCAGAUACAGUGGAAUAUUCAACAAUUGAAGAAGUUGCGCAAAUAAUGGAGAAUUUUCCGGAAAUCGAGGGUAUUGUCGAAUGUUCAGCAAAGACGUUACAAAAUGUCGCACAAUUGUUUUAUUUCGCCCAAAAGGCAGUUUUGAAUCCAACAACACCACUAUAUACUAUAGACCAACAGUUGACACCAGCAUGUGGAAGGGCUUUGAGACGAAUAUUCGAAAUUUGUGACAUUGAUGGUGACAAUCUCUUAGAUGAUUAUGAAAUUAACUUUUUCCAAGAAUACUGUUUCGGCUCACCUUUACAACAAAUUGCUUUAAAUAAGGUUAAAACGCUAAUUAAACAGAAAAUAAGCAAUGGGAUCUCCAAUGAUUCGAUUACAUGCGAUGGAUUCUUAUUUAUGCAUUGUCUAUUCAUAGAAAGUGGUCGAGUUGAGACUACAUGGGCUGUGUUACGUCGAUUUGGUUACAAUGAGCAACUUGAAAUUCGUAAGGAAUAUUCACAUCCCGUUUUGAAGAUACCACCGGGUAGUAACACAGAACUUUCAGAGAAAGGAGAACAGUUUCUGACAGGUUUAUUUGGAAGAUAUGAUCGCGAUAAGGAUGGCGCGUUAUCGGAAGAAGAGCAUAGAAAACUAUUUAGCAUAUGCCCUACCCCUCCUUGGUCAUUUUUAAGUGAUAUUAAAAAAUCAUGCCCAACUAACGAGCAGGGUUUAGUAACGUUGCGUGGCUGGAUGUCACGUUGGGCACUUCUCACUUUUAUAGAUUUUAGAAAAACAUUAGAGUACUUAGCAUAUUUAGGUUUUAUUGUACAUGAAAAUUGUAAGCUUGUGUCAGGAAUACUAGUAAUACAUGAGAACCCUAAUAUCCUAAGACGGCAAAGCUUUCGAACUGUCUAUACGUGUCAUGUUAUAGGGUCAAGGGGUGCUGGUAAGACANGCUUAUGUCGUGCAUUUGUGACAGAAAACACUAGUAAUUUAUUUAAUAAAGAAUACAGAACGAAUAUUGUACAUUAUGUGAACUUCAUACAGCUUUACGGUCAAGAAAAACAUUUAGUUAUGCGCGAAAUCCUUGUUAAUAAUUCACUAGAUCCUUUACAACCUCAAUGGGUGAACUGUGAUGUUGCGUGUCUAGUAUAUGAUUCAUCGAAUCCACGUUCAUUUGAAUAUAUUGCUCGCAUAUACAGUAAGUAUUACGCUGAGAGCAAAAUUCCAGUUAUGAUUGUUGGCACAAAAUCAGACUUAGUUGAACGUCAACAAGACUAUAUACUACAACCAGCCGAAUUUUGUCAAAAGUAUAAACUUCAGCCACCAUUUUUGUUCAGUCUUAAGAGUAAUAAGAAGGAGAUGUAUACCAAAUUAGCAACAUUGGCAUCAUAUCCAUAUGUAUUUUAUUAUUUCAAAAAUAAGAAUAUAGUGCUGAAUCCGGAUUCAGAUUCUUUCCAAGAACUAAUGAAAUUUGUUAACUGAAAGGCGAGCCGAAUCAAAAAAUGUUUAUGAGAUUUUAAA